GCCAAUGUUUCCUUCGUCCGGUCUUUUUGCUCACAUAAGCUGUCCUUUCGUACAACGAGGGCUUUGUGAGCGGCCUCACUGUUUGUACAAACAUGUCACAGAAUCGUGGAAUACGUUUGGUGGCUUGUUUAAAUCGUCGUCCGUCGUGGACUUAACAGGUAAUGGCAGACAACGUAGAACACCGGUGAAGGAUGAGUCCACAGACGAGUGCCUUUAUGAGCUGGAGAGAAUCAACAAAGAGAUUGAAACCGUGAGGCACGAGGUGGAGCAGGAGCAGAGGCGCCUGUCGAGCUACCAGACUGAACAGGCUGACAGCAGAGGCGACGCCCCCGUCUCAAAGUGUGAAACCAGUGGGCUGCCUCUGAGCAAAGAUCGUAAAACCAGUGUGCAAGCGAGGAAGUACGUGGUAGACAACUCGAAACCAAGGACCGAUUUAGAGUACGACCCCUUGUCCAACUUCUCCGCUGCCUUGCGCUCCUACAGCUCACCGGGCAAAGAGCACAAAGGGAAAAAUCGAGAAGCGACGAGAUCGAGUUGUGCGCGUUUUGAUCAGAAGAAGCCGUCCACUCAUCAAGCCCAAAUGUCCCGAUCACCAUCUCCAGAUGCCCUCAAUGAGUCUACUAAAGACUGCGUCCUGGUUAUUGAUAUUUCUUUGUCACCGGAGAAAGCAAGUGGUCCAUGCCAGAAAUCUGUUUCAGUUAAAUCCUCUCAGGUCCAGAAACGAGAAGCAAAGGAGGUGAAAACUGAGGCUGCUACACUUAAUUCUCCACCACUGAGCGAGGUGGUUAGUGUUGCUGUUUCACCUUCCUUAAAGGACAACAUGAAUAAAACGUAUGACCCUUGUGCAGCUGAAAACAAUCGAGACUCGCCCACUUGUGAUGACAGCAAAGACUCUGAAGUUGAUUUAGCUGGAUGUUUAAAAGAAUUUGAAGUUGAGUGUCAGAAUGCUCAUUUUCAUUUUGCUAAAACAGGAGUGAAAACUUCCAAAAACACAAAUUUUCCUAUCAAAUCAGACAAACAACGCCACAACAGUCAUCUUGAAUCAGCCAGUAGUGUUGAGAAAAUAAAUUCUCUGCAGCCACCCAGUAAUUCUCGUCUUUAUAWACCGCUAGCUGCAAAUAGUCCACCUACAAAACAGCCAACUAAGCAAUACACCUUGGUAGAGCAGCCAGCUCUAGACCAGGUUCAAAGCGGUUCCGAGUCAUCUGUUGUGCAAAACAGUCAGAAAAUGUUAAGCAAAACACAAGGGAAGGUGCAAAGGAAAUGUACUUUGAUUCAGGAGCAAGCAGAAGCACGUCAGGUUUCAUUUCAGAAGGUUUCAUCAUCCGUAAACUCACACAGCAGAGCUGAAUCAUCUAAAGCCACAGAGCAGUUUCCGGAGACAGAAAAAGUGUCCGUGAUAAUAAUCGACUCCAGCUGUGAUGAGGACGAAGAGGAAAACGGGGAAGAACUCGACUGUGCAGACAUGGAGCUCUCUGACAGUGAUCCAAUGGAGGAAUGCUACAGGAUCUUCAUGGAAGCAAAACAUGAGGAAAACAGAAAUGAGGAGCACCCUGGUGUUUCUGCUGGUCCUGAUGUGGAUGCUAUGAAGCCAGAGGUCAACACUGCCCUCCAAGCUUUGCCCGGGAAGAAGAGAGUGGCUCAUGAAGCCACAAAUCUAGAGCCACUUGCUAAAAGAAGACCUCAGCCCCAAGUGCUGGUGCCUCUUCAGGAGCCAGCAGCAGGAUUUGGUUCUUGGCCUUUUGUCCCUUCUAAGAUCCAGCAGGUACACCAGAGGGCCUCCAUGCUGACUACUUCAGUUAAAGCUGGUCAGGCUUUUGUUUCCUCUGCAAGUCAGAAGAAGCCAGAGACACAAAGUGCACCUUCUGCUCCAGGUCCUGUAAACCUUCAACCGGAUCCAUUACAGARUGCUUAUUUGAACUACAUCCCUGUGGGAACUGCAGUCAUUGAAGUAGGCAACAACUUGCACUUGAUCCUCCCACAGGGUAACUUCCCUCUGUCUGUCGCCUCCACCUCCUGCCCAGUUACAUCAGUGCUAAAUCCGGUGACUCAAGUGCAUCCGAGUCCCAUCCCAGUCAGACAGCCCAACCCUCCACCUGUGGUUACAGCCCUGCCAAAAUAUCGUUCAGCAGCACCUGUGCUCAUUACAGCUCCUGCAAGAAGGCCUACACUCAACCCUGCUUUUGCAUCGACUUUACACACAACAGCUGCUCCCACAACUUCUCAAGCUCCUGUCCAGACAGCUGUUAAGCCAAAGCCUGGUAAGCGAAAGCUGAAGCAGUCUUCUGAGGCUGCGAAGGACAAAGUUCCCCAUGAUGUUCGUCAGUGUUACGUAAACAAGUUYACCGAGGAGUUUCUCAAAACCACGUCCAACGUCAACGAUGCUUUUGCGAAGGCCCUGGCUGAGGAGAAAAGUGUGUACAACCGCAGCGUGAACAAACUUAAAUAUAUGAGCGUUGCAGUGAAUGCACUUAAGAGGCUGAGGAGUCAAAAUGUUGCUGCUAAAAGUGAAACAAACGUCCAGAGUCAAAGGCCAAAAGGAAACAUCCCAUUUAACAAGAAAAGACUGAAACAAAAUGAUGAUUUGGCUUUGUAUGAAAGUUUAAAAGAUUAUGUUUUGACUGAUGAAAAGAUGACCGAGAACAACUACCCUGCCCAGCAUCCAGAAAAACCUGGUUCUGCUGUUCUUUUUGCGGAUAAGAGAAUGAGUGCAGACCCCCUUAAGAGGAUCUGCUGUCGAUGUGGAGCCACAUACUCUGUGAGUCAUACAGGCAAACACGUCCGCAAAGAGGAGUGCAACUACCAUUAUGGGAAAGGAGUGACAAACAGAGUGCCAGGUGGAGUGGAGACCCGCUACAGUUGCUGUCAGGGAAUCAUGGGAGCUCCUGGAUGUCAAGUGUUUAAGUUGCACGUCCACGAUUCCCUCAGCCUGGAUGGGUUUGUUUCUACAAGCUCAAGAUGUUCCUCAGACACAAGCUGUCCCAGGGUUUACUCCUUGGAUUGUGAAAUGUGUUACACUCUCCAAGGUCUGGAGCUGUCCAGAGUGACGGUGAUCAACUCUAACCUUCAGAUUGUCUAUGACACCUUCGUCAGACCUGAUAAUGAGGUGAUMGACUACAACACCAGGUUUUCAGGCGUCAGCGAGGUGGAUCUGAAAGGUAAUCACACCCCUCUCAGUGAGGUCCAACAGACCUUGUUGAGCUUCAUCAGUGCUGACACCAUUCUUAUUGGACAUGAGCUGGAAACAGACCUCUGUUUACUGAAGCUGCUUCAUGGGAUGGUGGUGGACACAUCAGUGGUCUUCCCCCACCGUCUAGGUCCACCUAACAAACUGAGCCUGAACAGCCUCACAGCCGAACACCUCAGGAGGAUUAUCCAGGAGAGUGUUUGUGGCCACGACACUGCAGAAGAUGCAGCUGCCUGCAUGGAGCUCAUGCUGUGGAGGCUGAAAGAAGAUGGGAAGCUAAAAAAAUGAAAAAUUCCCAUGCACUUAAUAUAUGAAAAAAAAUGUUGUGCACAUGAAUAUUAUAUUAAUGUGAUGCUCUUAUAUAUACGGCAUGGAAGGCUGUUUAUUUGUUGGUUUAUUUACAUAAUUUAAUUAUCCCAAAAUAUUUUCUGUUAGUAAAAAUAUGAUUUAAAGUUUGGUUUCCAUGUCUGUAUGAAAUUUUGGGAUGACCCUAAAACUUGGAUUGCUACAAAUAGUUCCCAAAUAAAUGCAUAAUCAAAUCUGA